AUGACCUCUAUCGGACGGACGUGUGAUUGUCCAAUGGGUAAUUUCUAUUGCCACCAUGUCGCCGAUGUUCUCCUGUUUGGAUACAAGCGUGCAAGCAAGACAAAUGUUAAGUGCAGCUGGCUGAAGAAACCAAAGUCUAAGAUGAGGGCUGACACUGCAACUAUGGAGGACCUGUUUCCUCCAAGAAAACCAGGAUACAGAGCACUAAAUAGUCAUGUUACUCAAGAAGAUCGAGACCAGUUAUGUAGUGAACUGGAGAAGCUUGGAAGAUUUACUGCUUUGCAUUGGAUACUCUCACCAGAGCCAAAGAAAGAAGAUCCAUGCGUUGUUCCUGUUGAGGAUGUUAUUAUGAGUGCAGGAUAUAUCCAAGCGUUCUGUAAGAGGACAUUUCUGGCUAAGACCCUUCUCCUUUCACCAGAGAAAGUGAAGACCAUAGCAUCAGCUACCUCAGGCCAGCGAAGCAAUCCUAUGUGGUCUAUCGUACGUAGACACAGGAUUACUUCAUCAAACUUUGGAUUCAUUUUGAGAGCUAUCCAAAGAAACAGCUACCCACCUUCACUUUGGAAACGCCUCAGUUCCCCUUACAACUUGGAGAAGAAGGACUCAAUUGCUUGGGGGAUCAACCAUGAAAGGAACGCUAUUUAUCAAUAUCGUAAACUUGGGGCUAAGGUUGAAGAAACAGGCAUAUGGCUUCACGAAUCAGGAAUUCUCGGCGCUUCCCCAGAUGGAAUUGUGGUUACCCCAAUUCCACAGUCUGCAACACCACCACCAGACAUCAUCGAAGUUAAGUGUCCAUUUUCUGCCAGGGACAAGCCACCGUUGGAUGCCAUUGGUCAAAAGAAUUUUUGCUUAGUCAGAACUGAUGGGAGAAUUACUUUGCCAAAUGACCAUGAAUACUACCAUCAGAUCCAAGGCCAACUGUACAUCAUGGGGAAGACAUGCUGUGACCUCCUCAUUUGGACACCCUGUGGACUUCUCAUACACAGAAUAUACCGGGAUCCAGAAUGGGCUUCAAAUAUCUCAAAGCUGAUAGAUUUCUUUUAUGACAAGUACUUUCCAACCAUAUUGUCUUAGUGUGGGUAGCUAGCCAACAGAAGACCAAGUGACUGCAGAGGAUAUGAAGAAGGAUCAAGGCUAUCCAAGGUAUCAGCACCCCAAGGAUCGGCUCUGGAUCACCAGUGGACUGUUCACCACAACAUAAACAGCAAGACGAAGCUGAGUAUUCAACUUGUUUCCAUCAUGUUACAUAUAUCUUAUAGUAAUAUGAAGCUUUUGUGUCGUUUGUAAUUGAAGUAUGUUUAAGAGUUUCAUGAAAAUAUAAUCUAAUUCUUUCUUUUUUAUCCAAAUAUUUUUUUAUUGCAGCCUUCAUUACACUUCAAACACACCAGUGCCUUGUAUACACAUUGUAGCCUAUUAUUGUCUUAUCAUGCUUUACUAACUGACAAUCAUUUGUUUAUAAGAAACAUUUUGAAGAACUAGGUAGCCCUUUUUAAAUGUAUUGAUUACUGUUGGAUUUUCUGGCUUAUAAAGACUAAUAUUUUUAGAUGUUCACUUACUUUAUGCCUUCCGAAACAAUUCUUCAUGGUUUGUCUUAUGAACAAGAUGAACUUUGUUACAUGAUUAAAUAAUCUCCCAUGACCACAUUAAGUUAUAAUUACAAAUUUCUUUUUAUUUCAGCAUGGCCAUAUGGAGAUAUUGUGAAUGGUGACAACAACGCUGACAUUUUGAAAAAGAGACUAUGUUCUUUUAGUGUGCAAUUGAUGAUUUGUUGUAAAAUUCAGGUCAGUUUGUCUCAGUAUCAACUUAAACAAUGCCUUUAAUUAUUAUCCAGACACUUUUUUGUUUCGGGUUAACCACCAAUGGGCUUCAUGCAAGGAGCAUGAGUUGCGGAUACAUGACGCACCAUGACAGUUAUUGGAUACCCCAGGGGUAGGUUGAUCCCAAACACCUGUAUUGAAUGGUUAAUUGUUUAGGGCAUGGUGUAAGUUAAUCAUGAAACAAACUUGUCUGAACCAAUAGGUAUGGUUGUAUUUGAAUCUUGUACAGUUUGUCAAUUGUAAAUUUCAACUUCCAUUGUA